ACUUCACUGGCUGGGUUUUCGACAUUUUGCGCUACUAUUGGAGGUUUACCCAUAUUUAGUAGCAAUGUCCUCUCUAAACUCAAAUACACUUCAAAUCAAGUAUAUACAUAAUUCUGUUGCAAUGGUGACGAGCUGUCCGUUGUCAGCUACUCUUCAGGUCAUUGACCAACAAGUCCGAGAAUUGUGUAGUUUCACCAAAGAUCAACCAUUCACAAUAAAAUGGAUCGAUGAAGAACACGAUCCCAUCGUUAUUUCCUCAGAAAUGGAACUAAAAGAGGCAUUCCGACUUCACGAGUUGAAUAAAGAAUGGCAACUAACAGUUCAUGUAUUUAAUGGAGUUCCAAGUGAACCGGGUAAACCCUGUCCUGGCGAAGAUAUUAAUAUGUACCGAAGAGGUGCUAAACGAUGGAAAAAGAAAUUUUAUUUAUUGCAUGGUCAUCAGUUUGCUGCCAGACGAUUUAAUCGGAAUGCCGUAUGUGCUUACUGUAAAGAACGUAUAUGGGGUUUGGGACAACAAGGGUUUAAAUGUAUUAAUUGUCGUCUUCUACUUCAUCGUCGUUGUCAAGGUGGCGUGCGUCAUAAAUGUGGUGAAGCAUUCAUAAGGCCGACUUAUCAAAAUAUGCGUUCAAUCUCUACAUUUUCCACCGGUUCCACUCCUAUUGUGUGGGAAAAUAAUGGAAACAGACCUACAACCAUAGCAACAGAUCUAUCUUCUGGGACAAGUAAUACAUUCCCAUCUCGUCUUCCUGUUACUAUUCAACCAUGCAAAGAUGAUUCAAAGCCACCAAAGCCAGAAAAAAUCAUUGGUUUAGGUGAAAAAGAAUCAAAUCAAACAUCAGACAAACACUUUACGCCAACAUCCAAUACAAAAAAUAAUCUCAAAUCAGGUUCAGACAACCUAAUAAUUGAAACAAGUAGUGUACCAGUUCCCGUUUCUAUCAUCACUGAUAAAGUUGAUGAUAAGUCCAUUCCAAUCAUAGAACAGCGCAUUAUAGAUAUUCCUGAUAUUCCAAUCACUUCUGGACGGGUUGGUUUACAUGAUUUCAAUUUACUCAAAGUGAUUGGUCGUGGUAGUUAUGCUAAAGUAUUUCAAGUAGAGCAUAAACCAACUAAUCGUAUAUAUGCAAUGAAAGUGAUUAAAAAAGAAACUAUUCUGGAUGAAGAGGAUAUUGAUUGGGUUCAAACAGAAAAACAUGUAUUUGAAUGCGCUACUAACCAUCCAUUUUUAGUUGGUUUACACUCCUGUUUCCAAACUAGAAGUCGGUUAUUCUUUGUCAUUGAAUUUGUCAAUGGUGGAGACCUAAUGUUUUAUAUGCAACGUAAUCUUCGUUUAGCAGAAGAUUAUGCACGAUUCUAUGCAGCUGAAAUUUGCAUUGCAUUAAAUUUUCUCCAUGAACGUGGUAUUAUUUACCGAGAUCUCAAGUUAGACAAUGUUUUGAUGGAUAGCGAAGGUCAUAUUAAACUGACUGAUUAUGGAAUGUGUAAAGAAGGAAUCAUCGGAGAUAUGACUACAACUACAUUUUGUGGUACACCGAAUUAUAUAGCUCCUGAAAUACUGAAAGGAGAAAGUUAUAGUUUCAGUGUUGACUGGUGGGCCUUAGGCGUACUUAUGUUUGAGAUGUUAGCUGGUCGAUCUCCUUGGGAAGGUGUUGGACAGUCAGCUAAUCCAGAUCAAAAUACUGAGGAUUAUUUAUUUCAAAUCAUUCUCAGUCGUCCAAUUCGUUUUCCACGUUCUAUUUCUGUUCGUGCAACCAGCAUACUUAAUGCAUUUCUCCAAAAGGUGCCAACUGAACGCCUUGGAUGUGCGCCAAAUUCAAGUUUUGGUGAUAUUAUGGAGCAUGGAUUUUUCAAACCAAUCGAUUGGGUAGCUUUAGAAAGGAAAGAAGUUCAUCCUCCUUAUCGUCCAACAUGUGGAGGCGAUAGAGACCUGAUACAUUUCGAUCCUGCAUUCACCGAUGAACCUGUAGUGCUAACACCAGAUAACGAGGCAGUGAUGUCACGUAUGGAUCAAACAGAAUUCGAUGGUUUCGAAUAUGUGAAUCCUUUGCUCAUGUCGUUAGAUGAACAAGUGUAAGAGGAAUCCUCAUUCUCUCCUCAACCCCCCUCCCUUCCUCAAUGGCUCGUUGUGUUAAUCUAUCUACCUUCCUUUUUUUUUAAAAAAAAACAAUCACUUUUAUUCAAUACUAUCACCAUAUCUAUUGACAAAUAAAUAAAUAGUAUUUUGUAUUGAAUUUUUUUUAAUAAAAAAUAAUAAUUUAUCGUAUACAUUCCAUAUUCAUUCUAUUAGCAAAAUAAAAAUUGUUUAAAUCAUUUACCAACAAUUCAAUGUUAAAUUAAUUUAAAAACAUAUCAAAUGUUAAAAUAUUUUCACUUUUUUUGAUUUUAGGGUAUAAUUCUUGAAAUAUUUUCUUUUUAUAUAAGAAAAAAAAACUAUUGCUUACUUCGAAGUUUAUAUUAUUUUCAGCACACAAGCACACACACACGUACAUAUAUAUAUAUAUUUUAGGAAAAUUCAUUUUGUUUGUUUAUUAUCAAACAAGCUUCCUUUAUUGCUUCAUGUUCUUUAUUAAUGGACAAAUGUGUUUAAUUCUUUUUUUUCUCGCUCAAUUAAUUCUGAUAAAAAUAAAUGCUGACUGUAUUUCUAUUUUUUCUUUUUCUAAGUUGUUUUUUUUAAAAAAAAAUUUAUCAAUGUUUACUUUUUUUUCUCUAAUUUUAUAAUUAUGAAAUGAGUUUAAAGUAAAUUAUCAUGAAAUGUUCAUUGUAAGUACUGAUAAGUAGUAUCAAUAUGAUAAAAUGAAAUACUCUUAAAUUUAAUAUUC